AUGGGUAAAUCCGCCGCUGCUUGGGAGCUCCGUGAAGGGAACCCGCAGCUGCUACUGGCGGAGCCCCGACCACUCUUAGAGCGGAGGCCCGACUACCAGUGCGCACUAGGUAAACCUAGGGGCUGGCACAAGACCCGCAACCACACCAGCCGGUUAAAUCUUCUCCAAGGAGAAGGCGGAUGUCUCAAGCGUGGGUUGAACCCUCGUCGAAGCCAACCCAGUUUCCCAGGCCAUGCCUUUUUGCCAACUCGGCCACACGCUCUUGACAAAAGUUGUUUACGUAGCCGGGCCCAGCACAAGUCACACCAUUUUCCAUACUGUCCCCACAUAGACAUGGGCGGCCACAAUACGGACGAAACUUGGAUCAUGAAGACACCCUCUACGUCCGCCAGUUAUUAUAUGCAUUCAUACUUGUCCCCACCAACUCAAAUAUCAAUCAAGAAUUAUGCUGGUUGUACAGCACCCGUUCACAGCUUCUUUCACACCAAUUCGAAUUUGCUGACAUGGCUGCUGAGAGGCGGGAAGGAGACUCGGGUCACAGGAUACAUAUAUUCCCCAACUAUUAGCAAUUUUCCCCAAAUCCGUUUCCUGCAAAAUUCUGACCCUCACGAGCAAACCCUUAACAUUCAUCUGUCCGACCCACCUCCGACGACUGGGUUCUUUUCAGUUCAGUUUUUUUACUUGGUAGCCAUGACAUGCACUGACCCAACCCCAGACGCCGAACAAUUUAACGAGAAAGGGAAAGAAAUAGUGGACGUAUUGGAUGACGAAGUAGUUGUCGAAUCCAAUGAUGAGAAGUUGACGGACAAUGUAAUCAUAUUGGAAAAUGAUAAUGUAGGAGGGGAUGUUACAGUUAUGCCGGAGGUGGGUAUGAAAUUCAAUGACCAAGAAGAAUUGUUUGAAUUUUACAAGAAGUAUGCAUACGAAGUAGGCUUUCCGGUAAGGAGAAGAAAUUCUAGAAAGGGUGAAAAUGGUGUAGUGACAUACAUUACGUUGACAUGUAGUCGUGAGGGACAACGACGCAACAAAAGCGAAGGUUCUUUGAAGCCGCAACCAACAAUGCAGACAGGUUGCAAAGCGAGGAUAACCGCUUCUUCAGAUAUUCGUGGAAUAUGGAAAAUCUGCACGGUUGAUCUCGAACAUAAUCAUAAAACAAGUCCGUCGAAAUCCAGAUUGUAUCGAUGUAACAGAGAAUUAAGUACACAUGUGAAACGAAAACUAGAAGUGAAUGAUAUAGCUGGAAUACCUUUACAUAAGAGUUUUAACUCUGCAGUGGUUGAAGCCGGGGGGUAUGAGAAUCUGCCUUGCAUUGAAAGGGAUUGCCGAAAUUAUGUAGAAAAAGUGAGGCGAUUAAGACUAGGUGAAGGAGAUGCCGCAGCAAUACAAUCUUACUUUUCGGAGAUGCAAGCACGUUCCUUUGGGUUUUAUUUCGCAAUGGAUUUAGAUGACGAGUCUCGGCUUAAGAAUUUGUUCUGGGCAGAUAAUAGGUCUAGGCAAGCGUAUAAGGAAUUCGGUGAUGUGGUGACAUUUGAUACCACUUACUUGACAAAUAAAUACGAUAUGCCUUUUGCCCCUUUGUUGGAAACUUGGAUGUUGUGCAUGCAUGGUCAAGCUCCUAAUGGAAUUAUAACUGAUCAAGAUAGGGCUAUGCAGAAUGCAAUUCAAAUAGUGUUUCCGAAUACGAGACAUAGAUGGUGUUUGUGGCACAUAUUAAAAAAAUUGCCAGAAAAAUUUGGAUAUCACAAGGAUAAGAGCUCCAUUUUUUCAUGUAUGCACGGACUAGUAUAUGACUCCCAGUUUGUUGAAGAGUUUGAGGAAGGUUGGGAAUUGAUGAUUAUGCACUAUAACUUAUACGACAAUGAAUGGUUGUCCGGGUUGUAUGAGAAUCGUCGUCGAUGGGUGCCAUGCUAUUUGAAAACAACUUUCUGGGCAGGGAUGUCAACUACUCAACGUAGUGAAAGUGUAAAUGCAAUCUUCGAUGGGUAUGUGCAUGUGAAGACAUCAUUGAAGCAGUUCGUAGAACAAUACGAACGAGCACUGCGAAGCAAGGUUGAGAAGGAGUUCCAUGCAGAUUUCAAGUCUUAUUCAAAAAUGGUGCCGUGCGCAUCGAGAUACGAAAUGGAAAAGCAAUUUCAAGCAGUGUAUACCAUAUCUAAAUUUCACGAAUUUCAGGAUGAGAUAACCGGAAAGAUGUACUGCGAUGUCCUAACUAUAUCUGACGGAUGUUCGGGGAGGACGUAUGAGGUUGAGGAGGACGUCAUUUACGAGAAGAAGGACAUGAAGAAAAAAUUCACGAUACAUGCCAUAUCAGUUUUGAUGCGUAAUGGCAUCACAUCACUACCGGAUAGGUACAUAUUAAAGAGAUGGAGGAGAGAUGUUUGUAGAGCUCACACGAGGGUUGCGGUGAAUUACGACGGUUUGGUUAGCACUCCUGACCAGUUGAGGUAUGAUAGAAUGUGUGAAGAGUUUGCUACAUUAGCAAAUAUAGCCGCGGAGAAUGAGGAUCAAUUUCGUGAGAUUGUGGAAUGGAUUUGA